GGGUUAUGAAUAAAUUAAAUUAGGUCAAGUGUCUAAACGGUGAUUGGAGAUCAGGAAACGAGUCUUCCCCUUUUACGACAGGGCCCAGGCAUAAUUCAGGUUUAUGCUCCAGAGACCUGUCAAAGUUCAAGCGAUUAGCCGGUAUAUAUUGGAACUGGCUUUGGUAUCUGGGACAUAUGCUGCAUCGAACCAUAGGCGUAAACUUCGGGCUGAAAAACGAUAAGCGUAAUGAUAGAGGAAAAAUCAGCGCUUUGCAGCGUGGAGGCGACGAUGUCGCAUGAACCCAAAAAGUUCCGAGAGCGUCCGAGCAAGUUCGAGCGCCUCGUCCAGCCCUGCAUAGCUGAGAUAGUGGGCACUGCAUUCUUCGUCUUCAUCGGCUGCGUCUCAGUCAUCGAGAACACCGAGACAACGGGGAGGUUUCAGCCGGCGCUCGUGCACGGUAUUGCGGUUGUGGCCUUGGUUGCAUGCAUGGCGGAGAUCAGUGGGUCCCACUUCAACCCACCAUUCACCAUCGCCAUCUACCUGUGUGGAGGUAUGGAGCUGAGUUUAGUGGUCCCAUAUGUGAUCAGUCAGCUGAUUGGAGGGUUGCUGGGAGCUGCAAUGUCAAAGCUCAUGACGACACGGGAGAAAUAUGCCCAGGCCACUGGAGCAGCCUUCACCACCAUCCAGUCCGAGGACCAACUGGCGGCCGCCAUCUUUGGGGAGGCAGCCAUGACCUGCCUGGUCACUUUGGUGGUACUGAUGGGUGCAGUCAACCACAAGACCAAGAGCCCCCUCGUGCCCGUCCUGGUGGGCGGAGCCAUCGUUAUCUGCAUCCUGGCUGGGGGUGAUGUGUCUGGGACAUGUUUGAACCCUGCGCGGGCUCUGGGACCGGCACUGAUCAUGAACUACUGGACGCACCACUGGGUGUACUGGGCAGGGCCCACUGGGGGCAGUCUCGCAGCUGUUGCUUUAGUGAGACUUUUGCUUGGAGAUGAAAAGACCCGUCUUAUCCUGAAAUGACAUGGUCCUUGACUGAUCAUGGAAUCAUGGAAGCCAUUCGAUUUCACUUAUUGUGAAAAUGUACAUAUGUAGCUAGGUGAAUACUUUAAAAGUCAAUGGGUCAACAGGAUACUGUAGUUCUGGGACAGCAGUGUGUGUGAAUGUGUAUAUGUGUGCAUGCCCAGGCAUUUCCUUGGCAUAUCUUCUAACUAUUAAAAUGAAAUAAACAGUUCUAAAAUGUCCCUCCUUUCAUUAGGGACUUUUAGCAUUCAUUUUCCAUAGUCUCAGGCCAUGUAUUCUUGAUCUACUCCUGUGACAUUGAACUGGCGUUGCUGUUUGAAAUGACAAUGCAUGGUUUGCUGUUAAGUGCAAUGCUCAUAAAGCAUUUUAUAUUCUGACCGAAGUAACUAUGAAACUUCAAACUGUUCUGUACUGUAGGCAUGUUGCCGUCGAAAAGGUUCCUUAAGAAGUGUUAAUUAUUAAUUUCCUUUUGUGAUGAAACCUGAAUUUUCUCAUUUGGUCUAAGUAAUUUCUAGUUGUGGGGUAGAUUUUCUUGCAUGUGUUUUGAAAUACACAGUCAGGUCCAGAAUUACCUUGAUGAAUAUGCACAAAAUACUGUUAACUAAAAAAAGAACUUUCUAUUCCAACAUAUGUAAAUUAGUGUUCUUUAUUAA